AUGGAGCAAGCCGACGCAAACCAGAUGGAUAUUUUUGCGGACGUUGACCCGCGCCGAUUAUCGCAAAAUCGUGCCAGCGUACCAGGCGUGUCUAUGCCAAAUUUCGCGCAUCGAGAAGGAGCAUCAGCAGUACCGCCGAUGAUAAUCCAGCCGCCAUCGCAGCCUACGUCGACGCCAUCGCAGCCUACGUCGACGCCAUCGCUAAUCAAUGCGUCACCAGCCAUCAUUAGCAGUGCGGAUAGUGCAACGAUGCUGCAAAUGAUGAAUUUGCUUCAACAGCAAAUGGCACAACAGCAGCAGCUGCUUAAUGAUUUUCUUCACGCGCGCAUGCCGAGCCAAUGCGCCCCACCCACCACGUUGCAGCCUGAACAAAUAAUUGAUACUCUGUCUCACCACAUUUCAGAGUUUCAAUACAACAAGGAGACUGGUAUAACCUUCAAAAGCUGGUUUUCACGCUAUCUCGACCUGUUCCAGAAGGACGCGGCAAGGAUCGACGACGCAGCCAAAGUGCGAUUGUUGCUGCGCAAACUGGGACCAUCCGAGCACGAUCGCUACUUAAGCUUCAUCAUGCCGAGCCGCCCGCCGGAUUUUUCACUCGAGCAGACUGUGGAAAAACUUACAUGCCUGUUCGACACCCAAGAAUCGCUGCUGAGCAAGCGGUUCAAAUGCUUGCAGAUCAUGAAGACGCGGACCGAGGAUCAUCUCAGCUAUGCGUGUCGAAUUAAUAAGGCGUGUGUCGAGUUCGAGCUGAAGAAGUUGAACGAGGAAGAGUUCAAGUGUUUGCUGUACGUGUGCGGGUUGAAAGACGAGAUCGACGCAGACAUCAGGACGCGACUGCUAGCCCGCAUUGAGGACAAGGCCUGCGUGACCUUGCAACAGCUUUCUUCAGAGUGCCAUCGGUUAAUCAACCUGAAAAAGGAUAGCGCAAUGAUCGAGGCACCGGUACCAGAGCGUGUUCUAGCAGUAAACACAAAAAUGCAUCGCGCACCACGUCAGUUUCAACCCAAGCGCGACAAUCCUACUACCCCGUGUUGGUCGUGCGGAGGGUUGCAUUGGAGCCGCGAUUGCCCGUACAAGCAACACCGAUGCACAACUUGUUCCCGGACGGGCCACAAAGAAGGUUAUUGCAACACCAUAAGAUCCCGUAAGCCCGGCAAACGCCCCUGGAAGCAGCGUAAAACACAAUUAAGGAUGGUGACAGUGAACGUCCAGAGUGUACAGCAACGGCGCAGAUUCGUGUCGCUUACGAUGAAUGGUACACCGGUUCGUAUGCAGUUGGACACGGCUUCCGACAUUACUGUGAUAGAUCACACAACGUGGAAGCUCAUUGGCAGUCCCCAGUUAGCAGCACCAUCCGUAAUCGCUAGAACCGCCUCAGGUGCUAACCUAUCCUUGGAAGGAGAGUUUCCGUGCACUGUCGAAGUGAAUGGACAGGCAAAGCAAACCGUGAUUCGCGUCUCUAAAUCGCGUUUGUUACUUUUAGGUGCUGAUGUUAUCGACGCGUUUGCUCUAUGGUCGGUUCCGAUGGACAGUUUUUGCUGCCACGUUACAGGUACGUCUACCACGCCGAAGCAAUGGCAAGAACGGUUCCCAACAGUUAUUCAAGGAAUAGGCCUAUGUAAAAAGGCAGGGGUUACCUUGACGCUGAAAGACAACUGCCGUCCAGUCUUUCGUCCAAAAAGACCCGUUGCAUACGCUAUGCAAGAGCCUGUAAAUCUAGAGCUUGAUAGGCUAGAAAAGUUGGGCAUAAUAACACCUGUAAAGUUUUCUGAAUGGGCAGCACCGGUGGUAGUGGUUAAGAAGGCAAACGGGAAAAUUCGGCUAUGUGGCGAUUAUUCCACUGGGUUGAACGAAGCGCUAAGACCACAUGAUUACCCGUUACCACUCCCAGAGGACAUAUUUUCAAGGCUGUCCAACUGCACCAUGUUCAGCAAAAUCGACUUAACGGACGCCUUUCUCCAAGUCGAAAUCGAUCCUCAAUACAGACCGCUACUUACCAUAAAUACGCAUAGAGGCUUGUACCACUACAACCGCCUACCGCCCGGCAUCAAAGUUGCUCCUGCUGCCUUCCAGCAACUUAUGGAUACAAUGCUCGCAGGGCUUAAGGGUGUAUCAGGAUAUCUUGACGAUAUCAUCGUAGGAGGAAGUAGCGAACACGAGCAUGACACAAAUUUGGCAGAAGUAUUACACAGGCUUCAACAAUAUGGAUUUACGAUACGAGCCGAUAAAUGUGCUUUUAAACAGCAGAAAAUCACGUACCUUGGACACGUGAUCGAUAGCCACGGGUUACGACCAGAUCCGUCAAAAAUCGAGCUUAUAAAGAAGCUCCCUGAACCGAAAGACAUAUCCGGUGUGAGAUCAUUUCUGGGAGCAAUUAAUUAUUACGGGAAGUUCAUCCCGAAUAUGAGGAAGCUGCGAUAUCCGUUAGACAAUUUGCUUAAGGCAAAUAAUUCAUUCUGCUGGACGCCAGAAUGCAAAAAGUCGUUCGCAACGUUCAAGUCUCUCCUAUCGUCCGACCUACUUCUAACGCACUAUGAUCCACGGCAGAAGAUAAUCGUUUCUGCAGACGCUUCGUCCAUCGGCCUUGGCGCAACGAUUAGCCACGUGUAUCCUGGAGGUGCAAUGCGCGUAAUUCAACAUGCUUCCCGCGCCCUCAGUGAAGCAGAGCGUCAUUACAGCCAAAUCGAUCGCGAAGGCUUGGCUAUCAUCUUCGCUAACGGCAUCGAGCACAUAACGACGGCACCCUAUCAUCCGCAGUCUAACGGGCAGGCUGAAAGCCGAACCAUCAUCAGCAUCGCUACAGCAUACUACAUCUACACACACGAGCGUAUCGUCUGCAUCACACCCACAAACGUCAGCAGUCAUCGAUCCGCGUACGGCCUCAAACGCGGAACCGCUGCAUUCUACGAAUUCCCCAAUUCCGGUACAAGCUCCAACCCGAGAACCACGUCGCUCUUCUAG